AUGAUCGGUAUUGCCAUGGCUCAGGUAGUUGUCCUUCUUAUACUCCUGGUCUGGUGGCUGGAGAUUCCUCGGUGCCAACAGUCGGAAUAUCAGGUGGUGGAAUUCUACAGUGGUGUUGGGAGGAUAGCUGAACUAGCCGCAAAGGUGGGUUUUGUAGCAGCAGCUGUUGAUAAAGACUAUGGGAUGGACUAUGCUAAGAAGAACACGAAGCGAAGCCCCAUGGAUAUCAACUCGAAUGCAGGGCUCAUACUGGCCAUUCACAUCCUGCUAUUUGGAGAAUGGGAACAGAUAUGUGCAUUCUAUGCAAUAGUGUGCAGCUCGUGGGUCCCUGUCAACCGUGGCAGCACUGGCCGGAGCAUCAUGACUCCUCUUGGAUGUGAAGACUAUCCCAAUGUACGGGCAUCCAACAAAAUGACUUCCAGGACAGUUAUCCUAAUUUGGAUCACUGUGCUCAUGGGUGGCACCUACUUCAUGGAGAACCCGCAGAACUCGCUGGUGGCGUUGCAUCCAAGAUACAUAUGGAUGCUGGGCCAGCUCCGUAAGAUCGAUGUUUUUACUUACAAGAUUGCAUUCUGGAUGCGAAAAUAUUCCUCACUUUCCUGGAAAAGAACAUGGGUUUGGAGCAGCACUCCACUGAUCCGUGCGCUCGACUUGGGACCUUUGACAGAACAGGAGCGAUUUACAUCCCGUCCAACAACUACUCGAUAUAAGGAUGCAAAGGGUAAGACCAGAUUCAAGGGCAAUACAAAUCUCAAGCGUAGCCAGCAAUACACCUACAAGUUCGCCGGGAAACUUAUCAGACUGGUUGGGGAAGUCCGGAAGCAGAAGGUUCACCUGCCAAUUGAGGUAUCUUCGGAUUCUAUCUUCAACCUUUUCGAGAAGAUGAAGUGGGAUCAGCAAUCUAUUGCAUGGGAACAAGAGGCUGAUUUACGGAAGGUUCUCCAGUACGCCCGGGGAAGUAAGCUCCUACGACUUUGGAUGGUGCGCCACCUUGAGUCUCGGGUGUUCUCCAGUGAGACUUUGGUGGCUGGAGUUGAUAUGGUUGAGAUGGGCGCUGGACUACCUAGCCCUCCUUCUGACACCUUUGAGUUGAUGCAGGAGCUAGCAUCGUUGGAGGCCAUGAAAGCCCAGAUGGAAGCUGAAGUCAAAGCUGACAUCGAUGAGCCUGUUGCUCAUGAAGAUCCCUAUGGCCGUGCAGGGCUUGCUGAGCAUACUGGGGCUACAGGGGAAGAGACGCAGGAGGAUUGA